AUGCCAUUCUUUCUAACUGGUUCGACCACGGGUUCUGGUGUUGGUUCUUCCAUUUCUAAUUCUUUAACGUUUAUUUUGGAGAAUACUGAUGAUAAUGGAGAAUUAGAAGAACCAAUAGAAGACAACCCAGCUGCCUAUCUUGCUGAAGUCGCAGAAUAUACUGCUAAAACUGAUCCAACUAUAAAGGAAAAUAUAGAAUGGCAUAUUUCUUCUCCCAAAUCUGGAGAAAGUGAGGAAUGGUUCAAAGAGGAAUUAUCUCGACAAUACUCUAAUACCGUCUUAAUUAUUGCUAUUAG